AUCCCCAACAAGAAAAUAUCAUUUAGGGGCCCAACAUCCCUCUUUAUAUUAGGACACUGCUCUACUUGGAAAAAGGUACGACUUCCAUUAUCCAUAUCAGAUCUGUUCAUAGAGAGAGAGAGAGAGAGUAUGGAGCUGGUGUUGAUCCCAUGGCCGGUAAUGGGGCACGUGCAAAUCGUGGAGUUUGCGAAGCUCAUCAUCCACCGUCAAAACCUUCUUCCUUCCGGUAAAACUCUCUCGGUCACAGUCCUCCUCAUGAAGCUGCCCGACUACAUCGACACCGUCAGCAGCUCCUACGCCGACACGCUCUCCUCCUCCUCCGCCGCCGUCGCCGUCAACUUCGUCCACCUCCCCGCCACCGAGCCGACCCCGGAGUGGAGCACCAGAACUCGAGGAUACUUCGUCCACAACCUCGUCGUCAGCCAGAAACCAAACGUGGAGGCCUUCCUCCGCUCGCGCCGCCCUAACAUCGCCGCCGUGGUGGCCGACAUGCUGUGCACCUCCAUGAUCGGCGUGGCAGCGGAGCUCGGCAUCCCGGCCUACGUAUUCUUCACUUCCCCGGCGAGCUUCCUCGGCGCCAUGCUGCAUUUCCAGACCCUCCACGACGAGCAAAACGACGACGUCUGCGCGCUGGGGAGCUCGCCCUCGGAGCUGACGAUCCCGAGCUUCGGCGUCGCCGUCGCGCCUGACGUUCUGUCUCAGGUGCUGGUGGAGAAGAGGCAGUGGCAGGAUAGGUUCCUUCACUACGCUCGUGAUUACAGAAAGGCUAGAGGGAUCAUUGUCAACACUUUUGCAGAGCUUGAAUCCCAUGCAUUGGGAUCGUUUGUGGUGGAUUCCGCAUACGGCGCUGCGCCGGUGCCGCCGGUUUACUCCGUCGGCCCGAUUCUGAACCGGGGGCCGUCGAGAGACGCCCCCGAGAUCAUGCGGUGGUUGAACGAGCAGCUUUGUGGUUCAGUAGUGUUGUUGUGUUUUGGUAGUCAGGGGAGUUUGAGUGAGGAUCAAAUACACGAGGUGGCGGUGGGGCUCGAGCGGAGCGGCCGGCGUUUCCUCUGGUCACUCCGGCGGCAGCCACCGAGCACCGAGAAGGCGAGGUUCCCGGGAGAAUACGAGAGCUAUAGGGAAGUCCUGCCGGAGGGGUUCCUCGAGAGGACUAGUGGAGUGGGUAAGGUGGUGGGGUGGAUACCGCAGCUGGAAGUCCUGUCGCAUCCGGCGGUGGGCGGGUUCGUGUCGCACUGCGGGUGGAACUCGGUGCUCGAGAGCCUCUGGUGCGGCGUGCCGGUGGCGACGUGGCCUUUGCACUCGGAGCAGCAGAUGAACGCGUUCCAGCUGGUGAGGGAGUUGGGGCUGGCGGUGGAGAUCACGCUGAGCUACUGCGAGUGGAGAGGCGACGGGGUGGUGGCGGCGGCGGAGGUGGAGAGGGGGGUCAGGGAGGUGAUGGAGAGUGGGGGUGAGGUGAGGGAGAGAGUGAGAGAGAUGAAGGAGAAGAGUAGGAUGAGUGUGGUUGAAGGUGGAUCUUCUUAUGCUUCUUUCAAGAGAUUGAUUGAUGAUAUGAUGGCCUAAUCAAUUCAUUACUAAUUCUACAAUUAUUGAUUUAUAAUAAAUGUAACAGAAACUUUUGAGCCAGAAUGCAACAUAUUUUGCUGAGAUGAAAAAAAGGGAGUUGAAGCAAAAAUCAAACACAAACUUUGCAAUUGAUUCAAAUGAACAUAAACAACAAAUAUAAACUAAAUAGAAGGGCAAAGUUUCACAAGCAUAUACAGUUUCAACUAUGAAGUUCUAAACUAAUGAAUGGCUUUCAAAAAGCAAAAAAUCAAAAACAAACGAUGAAACGAAAUACAGCAACAGCUUAUCAAGUCGACAAGAAAAAGAAUAGUUUACACAAGUUGAGCAGUAUGCAGAUUGCACCAACCAAAGGAAUAACUUACAAGUCAUGGUGCAUCGCUUUUGGCGUUGAUUUUGGCGUCGCUUUUGAGAUCAGUUUCGUAGUAUUCCUCCUCAUCGUUGAGAUCUUCAUCGUCGUAGUAGUACUCAUCAUCGUCAUCAUCUCCAUACUCGUCCUCCUCCUCGCUGCUCGUAUUAUAAUCCUUUGCCGGUUGUCCCCUUAGACUCUCUUGAAUGCGAUCUCUAAUGGCCGUCCCC